UGUGUGUUACUUUGACAGAAAUGAUCUAGUAGUUUUAUAUUUAGAGCCUCUUUGAAAAGCAACAUUCAUUUGCAAUACUGUAGACUGUACUGUAGCUGGUUUUCUAACUUCAACUCUCUCUAGCAUUAGCUUUAACUCAAGCAGAAGUAGAAGACAGUCACCUGGAGAUGUCCUCCUCUGGCAGUACAGGGGAUGUUUUACAGCAAGUCAACCAGUUCUGGUCCAUCCUGGAUGAUUUCUCUCAAAAUGACCCCGAGGCCUACCGCAGGUUCAUAGAGAAACAGGUGAAGGAAGGAGCUGAGUUCAGUGCACCGCCACAGCUCCACUCUUCUCUGUGCACUGAGAUACUGGAGCCCAAGAAAGGGUCGCUGUACAUCAACAUCUGCAGCUGGAAACGUGUGCCUACACCUCAGGAUCACAGCAGGCCUUUACCUGUGUGUGCAGGAAAACUGGAAACAGACACAGAUAAAGGUCGAGGUCGGUACACUGUGUUGGAUGUGGCAUUAAACCCUGCAGUGCUACAGGAAAGUAAGGAAGACAAAACACAAGUCUAUAUGCUGGCCCUGAGCUUUGCCCAGCAGCAUCAUGGGAUGAGUCUAUCUCAGCAGUACACUGUCGUCAGCUGUAGCCCAAAAAGUAGCCCUGAAGACUUGCACCGUCGGCUUGGGUUUAGGCAGUGGCCUAACACCUCCAGACAUCCAGACACAGCAAGUGAGACCCCAGCUGCCCUCCUGCAGCAGAUCUCCUCUCUACGCUCGGAGAAACAACACGAGGACCCAGCAGCCCAAAUUAUCUUCAGACCUGCGGAGCACAAAAAGAAGGAUUUGAUCCAGGUCAUCUCCACUACAUUUGUGCAGCCUCAGAAGCCAAAGUACCAACUCGAGGUGAAGACUGAUACAGUAGGAGUUGCUCGCAGCAUGGAGCUGACGGUGGAGCUGCCGAAGGUUUGCUCCAUGUCAGAGUGCCAGCUGAGAAUCUCCAAGGACGACGUCUUGCUGGAGGUGGAGGAUGUCUACCACUUGCUUUUGGAAUUCCCCAAAACUGUGGUUGAAGACACGGCAUCUGCCAUUUUUAACAGGAAGAAACGAAGGCUUACUUUGAGAGUGGAUGUUUUCUGACCAUUCGCUUUAAUAAAGAAACAAAUUUAGCACAGAGGUGAUCAGAUGUGCUGUGAAUGGGCUGAAGAA